UGCUGAACAACAACAGCUGCUUUACCAAAAACCAGAAGGCGUUAAAGUUGUUUGCGAUGUGACAUGUAGGAUUACUAACCUGUGUUAGGUGUAAAAGUUGUGUGUGUGUGUGUUUGCGUGCCGCCCUCCGCUCGUUCAUGGGGUUUCUGUAUGAUUCACUGCAGUCUUUUUAAAGGAGCACCAUGGCAAUGUGGAUCCAGGCCCAGCAGCUGCAGGGUGAGGCGCUGCACCAGAUGCAGGCGUUGUACGGCCAGCACUUCCCCAUCGAGGUGCGACACUACCUGAGCCAGUGGAUUGAGAGCCAGCUCUGGGAUUCAGUUGAGUUGGACAACCCGGCAGAGGAGGCCAAAGCCAAGCGUCUACUGGACAACCUGGUGACCGAGCUGCAGAAGAAAGCCACGCUUCAGGGGGGAGAGGACGGCUUCCUGCUCAAGAUCAAACUGGGUCACUAUGCUAACCAGCUCAAGAGCACCUAUGAUCGAUGUCCUUUGGAGCUGGUGAGAUGCAUAAAACACAUCCUGCACUCAGAGCAGAGGCUGGUUCAGGAAGCUACAAAUGCCAGCUGUGGGAGUGGGGGGCAGGCCAUGGACAGCCUGUCACAGCGCCACCAGCAGAUCAACCAGACCUUUGAGGAGCUCCGCCUGGCCACACAGGAAACUGAGAAUGAAAUGAGGAAACUGCAGCACAGCCAGGAGUACUUCAUCAUCCAGUACCAGGAGAACCUGCGCAUCCAGGCCCAGCUGAGUAGCCUUUCCUCUCUGCCUCCUGCUGAGCGCACCCAGCGGGAGACCACCCUGCAGAGCAAGAGGACCACUGUGGAGGCCUGGCUCACCAGAGAGGCCAGCACACUACAGAAAUACAGGCUUGAUCUGUCAGAACAACACCAGAAGACUCUGGCCUUGCUGAGGAAGCAGCAGACUCUGAUCCUCGAUGAGGAGCUCAUCCAAUGGAAGAGGAGGCAGCAGCUGGCUGGGAACGGGGGUCCUCAUGAGGGGGCGCUGGAUGUCCUCCAGUCCUGGUGCGAGAAGCUGGCUGACCUGAUUUGGCAGAACCGACAGCAGAUCCGACGCUGUGAACAUCUAACCCAGCAGCUUCCUCUGCCGGGCCCCAUGGAAGAACUGCUGAGCAAGCUCAACGCUGACAUCACUGAUAUCAUCUCCGCCUUGGUCACCAGUACCUUCAUCAUUGAAAAGCAGCCGCCUCAAGUGCUAAAGACCCAGACCAAGUUCGCAGCCACAGUGCGCCUUCUGGUGGGCGGGAAGCUCAACGUCCACAUGAACCCACCUCAGGUUAAGGCUGUGAUCGUCAGCGAGCAGCAGGCCAAAGCUCUGCUGAAGAAUGAGAGCACACACAGUGAAAGCAGUGGAGAGAUCCUCAACAACAACUGUGUGAUGGAGUAUCACCAGGCCACAGGCACCCUCAGCGCUCACUUCAGAAACAUGUCACUGAAGCGGAUCAAGCGUUCAGACCGCCGCGGUGCAGAGUCGGUGACGGAGGAGAAGUUCACAGUUCUGUUUGAGUCACAGUUCAGCGUCGGGGGAAACGAGCUGGUCUUCCACGUCAAAACUUUAUCUCUACCUGUGGUGGUCAUCGUUCACGGCAGUCAGGACAACAAUGCUACAGCUACAGUCCUGUGGGACAACGCCUUCGCUGAGCCGGGCAGGGUGCCGUUCAUCGUGCCAGACAAGGUGCUGUGGCCGCAGCUGUGCGAGGCCCUCGACAUGAAGUACAAGGCCGAGAUGCACAGCGGGCGUGGCCUGUCGGAGGAUAACCUGGUGUUCCUGGCACAGAAGGCUUUCACGAGCAGCGGCAACAACCCCGAGGAAUACCGCAACAUGCCUAUAUCCUGGGCCCAGUUCAACCGGGAGAGCUUACCUGGACGCAACUUCACCUUCUGGCAGUGGUUUGAUGGCGUCGUGGAGCUCAUGAAGAAACAUCUCAAGCCUCACUGGAAUGAUGGGGCCAUCUUGGGUUUCGUUAACAAGCAGCAGGCACAGGACAUGCUGCUGUCCAAACCCAACGGCACCUUCCUGCUGCGGUUCAGCGACUCAGAAAUCGGAGGCAUCACCAUCGCCUGGGUGGCUGAGAACCCCAACAAACCAGGUGAGAGGCUGGUCUGGAAUCUGUUGCCUUAUACAACCAAGGACUUCUCCAUUCGCUCCCUGGCAGACCGCAUCAGCGACCUGAACCACCUUCUGUUUCUGUACCCCGACCGGCCCAAGGACGAGGUCUUCGCCAAGUACUACACCCCUCCACUCUCUAAAGCAGUGGAUGGAUACGUAAAACCACAGAUCAAACAAGUUGUGCCAGAAUUCACAACCCAGAACCCUGAACCCAGUGGAGGAACUCCUGCAUUCAUGGACCAGACAGCUUCUCCCUCUGUCAGCAACCCCAACAACUUUAGUGUCUUUCCUAUACCUGACACGAUGCUGGACGCAGACGGAGACUUUGACCUGGACGACACCAUGGACGUGGCACGCCACGUCGAGGAGCUGCUCCGCCGGCCGAUGGCCAACCAGUGGAGCAGUCAGCAGUCCUGAACCCGAAAAAAUGAAAACCUGCUGCAAACCUUCAGGUCCGGACACAAACACACACCUGAAAUCCCUACUGGACUGUCCCCACAGCGAGAUGUCCCGUCAUUUAUCUGCGACCUGAGCAUGAUGCACUUCAGGAGUCUCUAUUUCCGCCUCAGUUUUAGCUUCCUACAGGAGCUCUGGGAGAUACAGGUCUGGUUUUUUAAUAGCCCUCUUCUUGCCUAUGUAUGUGUCCCGUAAGUGAUUUUGAUUUGGGACAAAGAGUUAUGUUUUAUGUAAACCCUUAUUCAAACGUGCCUAAAGAGCAUUCAGCUGGAACUGGGAGACUUUUGUAUAAAAAUGCACAGAAGACACACAAGCUUUGUUUUCAAUGUUUUUUUUAAAAAAAGAUUUCCGUCCGCACAGUUACAACGUCAGUUAUUGCAGCUGAAUGUCGACAACCUGAAUCGCCUUGUAUUACAGUGAAUAUUUGUCAUGUGAUGUUAUUAGUUUCUGCUACAUCCUCAGAUGAGAUCAUGUACGAUUUACUGAACAUUAGCCACUGUGAAGACAAACAGUAUUUGAGUCAGCUGCUUUGAGGACAUGGUCGUUAUACAGACUGACUGAGAGUACAACGAGAGUGCAACCAUUAAACAACACACUUGUCUUCCAGUCAGGCACAUUGGUUUUAUUAUUGCUCUGUAUUAAGAAAAAAAAAGCCUAGAUGUGGCUACAGAACAGGAUUCAAUCUGCGUUGUUAUAAAUAAAACAAAUGCUCUGUGUUCUGAGUUCAAACUUCA